AUGCCUCGCACGCCGUCAAUAUGCCACCUCAUCCAGUGGCCUGAGCAGUCUGAAGCGAGCGACACCUACUCCGUGAUCGACCCGGCACACCUCAAACCCGUCGCGUCGGUCCCGGACAUGGACACCCCCGACGUCAAACAAGCCAUAUCCCUCGCCCACACCGCCCAAAAGCACUGGGCACGCAAAACAGCCCGCGAGCGCGCCACCGUGCUCCAUAAAUGGUACCAGCUCUGCAUGCACAACCAGUCUGACCUCGCCAAGAUCAUGACGAUCGAGUGUGGCAAGCCGCUGGCGGAGUCGAUGGGCGAGGUCGCGUAUGGGUCAUCGUUUCUAAGAUGGUUCGCGGAAGAGGCGUCGAGGGCGUACGGGGACGUCAUCCCCGAGAACGCGAAGGGGAGGAGGUUGUUGGCGAUCAAGCAGCCGGUGGGGGUCGUGGCGGCCAUUACGCCGUGGAAUUUCCCGAACGCGAUGAUUGCGAGGAAGGUGGCGCCCGCGAUCGCUGCCGGCUGCUCGAUUAUUGUGAAACCGAGUGCUGAGACGCCGUUGUCGGCGCUGGCGAUGGCGUAUCUGGGCGAGGAGGCGGGUCUGCCGCCCGGCGUAUUCAAUGUUGUGACGGCGUCUAAGGGCAGUGCGAAGAGGAUUGGGAAUGAGAUGACGGAGAAUGCGCUCGUAAGGAAGAUUACCUUCACUGGAUCGACUGCGGUCGGAAAGCUGCUGUCGAAACAAGCGGCGAGCACCAUGAAGAAGGUGUCCAUGGAACUCGGAGGGAACGCACCGUUCAUCGUUUUUGACGAUGCAGACAUCGACGCCGCCGUAACAGGCUGCAUCGCCUCCAAAUUCCGCAACACAGGCCAAACAUGCGUCUGUGCCAACCGCGUCUUCGUCCACUCCAAAAUCUACGACACCUUCGCCGCCAAGCUCAGCGCCAAGAUCCGCGAGAUGGAGGUCGGACACGGGUUGGAGCCCGGCAACCAAUUCGGACCAUUGAUCACCUCCGACGCGUUCGAUAAGGUCGUGAGGCAUGUAGAGGAUGCGGUGGGGAAGGGCGCGAAGGUGUUGUUGGGCGGGAAACCGCAUGGGCUUGGAGGCAACUUUUAUGAGCCGACGGUUUUGACGGGCGUCACGAACGAGAUGUUGUUGGCGAGGGAGGAGACGUUUGGGCCGGUUGCGGGGUUGAUCCGGUUCGAGACGGAGUCUGAAGUAACAAAGGCGGCCAACGACACCCCGUUCGGCCUAGCAGCCUACUUCUACACAAAAGACGCCGGCCGGAUCUUCCGGCUAUCCGAGGCGCUCGAAUACGGUAUCGUCGGCGUCAACGAGGGCAUUGUAUCAACGGAAGUUGCUCCGUUCGGAGGCAUCAAGGAGUCCGGCUUGGGGCGGGAGGGUUCAAAAUAUGGGAUGGAUGACUACAUGGAAAUCAAGUACAUCUGUAUUGGGGGGAUUAAGGAGACUCUUGACGCGUAGGGGUGGCCGACGGUUAUUCGAUUACGGCUUGGGGCGUAACGUAUGGCUGUAUGCCGGUACCACAUUCAUCGGGCUGGCGGCGUAAAGUUUGGGAGAUGUCACCGCGCCUGAAUCCGGCGCAAAAGUACUAUAUAUAUAUAGUUCUGUGCAGUCGAUAGAUUUAGUGACAGAGAUUCCCGAAUGCAAGCCCAAUAUCGCAGUGAUCGGGAUUCAAAAUGUAUUG